CGUCAGACAGCUCCACACCUCUUAAUCGUGAUAAGGAUGAUAAGUACCUAGGUACUUUACCUACGUAAACCCUCUCGAGCUUCCUUAAGCUUCAAUCUUAUCCAUACCUACAUAAAUCCAAUGAUAUCUCUUUAUUCUCUCACCCUAUAUCCCCAUCAUCAAAAGCUCUAUCAGGAGCUCCCCUAAUCAUGGCGCCAUCUACUACAUCUCUGCGCUCUAUAUUCGCUCACGCAAAUAACUUCGUCUCCCAAUUUCCGCUUAACCUCCCUAACCUUCUAAAUCCGCUCGGGAUUCUUGGCUCGCAAGCUCUUAUCGAUAUCGACAACUCCGUCACACCCUACGAUCCUCUUACCGGCACGCCAACUUGUCCCAUCAAUGGACCCGUAAGCUGUCAUAACACGUCUACCACCGAUUCUUGCUGCUUCAUCCAUCCUGGCGGGCGUCUGCUACUCACGCAGUUCUGGGACGAGAAGGCCCACGUCGGUGGAAGCGAGGAAGACUGGACCUUACAUGGACUAUGGCCGGAUCUCUGCGAUGGAUCAUACGACCAGUUCUGUGGAAUGGCACCCCAGUUUAACAAUAUCAGCACGGUGCUAAAACACUAUGACCAAGCGGACUUGCUUGCAGAUAUGAAUCGCUACUGGAUUGCAAACUACGGCACGAAUGACCACUUAUGGGCUCACGAAUACAACAAGCACGCUACAUGCAUCAAUACCCUCGCUCCGAACUGCUACGGCGAAGGCUACACGCCGGGCCUCGAGGUCGUCGAUUACUUCGUGCGCGCCUUUAGCUUAUUCAAGAUGCUAGACACUUACCGGGCCUUGGCGGACAUUGGCAUAGAGCCCAAUUACAAGAAGACUUACUCCCUAGCCAAGAUACAGUCCACGCUCGAGACCUUCAGCGGCGGUCGAGUCAUCCUCAAGUGCACAGGUAGACACCACAACGUCCUCCACGAGGCGUGGUAUGUGUACUUCGUGAAGGGCAGCUUGCAGAGCGGCGACUUCGUACCGGCGAAGGACAGCUUCAAGGGCAGCGAGGGCAACUGCGCAUCCCAGGUGAGGUAUCUACCUAAGCGCCACAAGUAACGUGUAAACCAUACUACACCAUCAAUUGUUUGAAUAAGUGCACGGCAUUGUCUAGUCUGGCGUUGGGAGGUUUGGGUAUGCGGAUAUGUCUGGGUAAUUAAGCUCGACGUAUAGAAGCUAUCCUAAUAUCUUUAAUCUGUUUUCAUAGUUGCGGGUUAUGUGCUAUAUAGUAAGCAUCUAUAAUCUAUUUUGAUUAUUUCAAUGUGAACUUCCGCUAUACGUUAGGAUUAAAGUAGAAUAUGUCAAGUAUCGAGUUGCUUAUCAAACCCAGUUCUAAAAGUAGAACAGAGGUAAAUCCAAGCAGUCAAGUCUUGUUAUCUUUCUUUGAGUUUAUAGGCCUCCCAAGUCAGAGCGUACU